UGACCUAAACAAAACGUGUAUUUAGAAAAGAGUUGGUAUUUUGUGACUCGUUUUGUGGGUUUGAAAAUAGAAACCGGCAGCGGUCCAACCCGCCGCGCACCCCCCCCGGCGUGGGCUGUUGCCAUGUUCCCACUUUCAUGGGUGUGGUGAUUAGCUCGGUUGGUGAACAUUUUUCUUGUCAAAUCCGACACGAGUCGCGCUCGUUUCUGAGCCGUUAAAACCGAUUCAAUUGGCCUUAAAAAGAAAUCAACACGAGUGCCGUUUGGGAUUGAGCGUCGCGGCUGGGGCCAUGGUUGUGGUGUGAGAACGGAUCGCUGUGACUCGGACUGGAAGGACGCGAGGGGCCCACGAACCACCGUCUGUUUCAGGUGUCAACUGGUAAAUCCGCCGAGUGUGGGGGUGUCUGUGUGUGUGUGAGUGUGAGUGCAUGCGUGUUUUCCCAGGCCAGUCAGUAUUUGGAGAAGAGUGUGACCUGAACGCACCACAGAGGGACAAUGAGUGAACUGGAACAGUUGCGGCAGGAAGCCGAGCAACUACGCAAUCAGAUCCGGGAUGCCAGGAAAGCCUGCAGUGACUCCACUCUGUCACAGAUCACAGCUGGUCUGGACUCAGUGGGCCGGAUACAGAUGCGGACACGACGCACUCUCAGGGGCCACCUGGCCAAGAUCUAUGCAAUGCACUGGGGAAGUGACUCCAGGUUACUUGUCAGUGCCUCGCAAGAUGGAAAGCUGAUCAUCUGGGACAGCUACACAACAAAUAAGAUGCAUGCCAUCCCGCUGCGCUCAUCCUGGGUGAUGACGUGUGCCUACGCCCCCUCCGGGAACUAUGUGGCCUGCGGAGGCCUGGACAACAUCUGCUCUAUAUAUAGCCUUAAGACCCGCGAAGGCAACGUGCGCGUCACCCGAGAGCUACCUGGACACACAGGUUAUUUGUCCUGUUGUCGUUUCCUGGAUGACAACCAGAUACUGACCAGCUCUGGAGACACCACCUGUGCGUUGUGGGACAUAGAGACAGGCCAGCAGGCCACCAUCUUCACUGGCCACACAGGAGAUGUGAUGAGUUUGUCUCUAAGCCCUGAUUUCAAAACCUUUGUGUCCGGCGCCUGUGAUGCCACCUCCAAGCUGUGGGACAUCCGCGACGGCAUGUGCAGGCAGUCGUUCACUGGGCACGUGUCCGACAUCAACGCGGUCACUUUUUUCCCCAAUGGGAACGCCUUUGGCACAGGCUCAGAUGACGCCACCUGCAGGCUGUUUGACCUGCGUGCUGACCAGGAGCUGAUGAUGUACAGCCAUGACAACAUCAUCUGCGGCAUCACCUCUGUGGCUUUCUCCAAGAGCGGUCGUCUGCUCCUGGCCGGCUACGAUGACUUCAACUGCAAUGUCUGGGACACCCUGAAAGGCGAGCGCGCAGGUGUGCUAGCGGGCCACGACAACAGAGUGAGCUGUUUAGGAGUGACAGAAGAUGGCAUGGCUGUGGCCACCGGCUCCUGGGACAGUUUCCUGCGGAUCUGGAACUAAAACAAACCUCCGCCCUGCCGUCCUCAAUCACCUGCCUGGCAACUUCCACCCUGCAACCCCACCCAAGAUAUCCCAACACAUCUGCUGGGCUGGACCUGAGGGGUGCACACUGUGUCAGCUAAACUCCUCUUUACUUCACCCCCAGUCCUCCUCUGUCCUGCCCGCCUGUGAGAAAGACUCUUUCUACCUUUUCAAAGUGAUUUUUCUUUUUCUUUCACCAAGCUAUACACGGCAAACAAAAAUAACAACCUUACAGUAGAAUUGUCCAAUCAGAACUAAAAAUGAAAGUUACAAAAAAUAGAAGAUUUCGCAUCUGUUACAAUGACCAACAACAAAUGCGAUGACGUCGGUGUGUGAUAUGUAAAUGUAUAUAUAAAGACAGUAUAUAUGUAUAGCAUUAUGUGUGUAUAUAUGCAUCAUAUAUGCAUAUAUAAUGUGUAUGUAUAUAUUUUUGUAGUUUAUUUCCCACCCUUGACUUUUUUUUAAAUAUUAUUUUGGGGGUUUAUGUUUUAUCUUAAAUGUACAUAUCGACAUUACUUCACGUCAAAAUGCCAGAAACAUUUAUUUUGUCCCACGUGAAUGUCAAGACAAUUUAGACAUAUCAACGUUUUAUAAAUUGAAUUUAAUUCGCUGAUCGUCGAGCUCACUCAUCUGGCAACAAAAAUAGUAUAUGACGAGUAAACAAAACAAUUUUCCAAAAUAUGAUUUUGCUCAGCUUAACUCGCUUUCCUCAUUUGUUUGUGUGUAUUACGAUGACAGGCAGCAGGCUUAACUUGUGCAUCCUGCGCCUCUAAAUGUUGCUUUCAUGUGAAUGAUGACUGUGAUGACUUUUUUCUUUUUUUUUCUACCAACAUGACCCAGAGCAUUCCUCGCCGCAGUUUUUUGUUUUGGAAAAGGAACGUGUCACACUGAUGUGGUUGCGAUUAGAGAAAGAACUUGAAACCAACCAGCUGUGGUUUUAAGUUUGAAUUCAGCUUUAGCUCCAAAGUAAGACCAAGUGAACUUUAGGCUGAAAUAAGGAAACUGAAAAAAUCUGAAGACCGCAGUCAUUCCAUGCAAACAGCUGAGAAUUGAUCAAUAACCCAAAACAAUGCUCUGAAACAUCAUUUGCAUCUUGACAGUCCUGUAUCCUGUGGCCGACAGAAUCUACACUUAUCGUUUAAGUUGAGACGAGCGUCUCAAGUUGCCCAUUCGAAUGACACUGUGGAGAGAGAUGUGUUCUCCCUGAGUGGAAGCUCUUCUCCACCUGUGAGCCGGUAACAGCGAUGAGGCCUGUAUGGACAAACGUGAGAGCGACCACUUCCUAUGUGAGGAUAUUAAAGGACCAUAAAGGACAGCUUUGACUCUGUCAGCAGCCUCUGACGAAGAGAGAGAAAUAUGUCUUUCAGAGCUCACCACGACAUCUUUCUUUUUUUCCCUAAAUGAAGGAUCAAUGGGUCCUUAUUGUUGUCAACUAGGUGUGAACUGAGUGAUUGCAUGGAACUGAAAUCACGUUCGCCACUCCAAAAACACAUCAGUGCCACCGCAAGCCUGUAAGAAAAAAGGGGGGGGGGACAAACAAAAAAAACUGAAGGGUUUAACACUCAGCAAUUUCUUUCCAUCACCAAAAACACAUUAAGAACUCUUAGAUAUUGCUAGGGAAAGAAAGUACACUUGGUAGACAGAAAUGUAGAUUUAGUAGAGAGCUAGAAAUACACUCACAAACUGUAGUACAAAUGUAAACUAUGGAGCACGAGAGUUAUUUACCCAUAGAGAUAUAGUAUUUCUGAUUUUGAGUAUUUUCACGUCAGGCAUCUUCAUUUAAAAAAAAAAUAAUUAAAAAGCGUAAUGUGUGUGAGUUGGACCUAUCCAUCAGCUGUCUCAGGUGCCUGUCUCUGAACAUGAACAUUUGACCCACGCCCGCUGGAUAAAGGAAGCUUCCUGCUCCUGUGAGACGUGGCACUUGAGUGUCUCCAUCCUGCCUUACGACACCAUUCAUGAAAGCAGGUAAUAAGAGCAUCGACAACAGUAAUGUUUUCCUCUUUAUUAUUCAUCUUUACUCACUGAUCAAUAAGUAAGAUUGCUAUUUUUUGUCGUUUCCCAGAUAGAAGCACAUUCUGAUACUAGUGAACACUAAAACGCAUGCUUACUGUAAACCACCACGACCACAUGCAGCUCCAUUCUGCUUCUUAUAGCAAGUGUUUUACAUCACCUUUUUAUACAGUUCUGUUUUCUACUACGACCGUACAGUUUGUAGUAUUUAUUAAGGUUCAGUCGGCUGUCAGUGGAACCCCGCUUUGGCAUACCAUGAUUUUAGUUAUUGUUUUUGAGCUGCUUUCUUCCCGGCUUUUGCAUUUAAGAAUCAAUUGGGAGAGAAUGUUAAAAUUACAGUUAUUGUUUCUAGCCUGAGAAUAUCUUUGAGGUGUGUAGGAUGAGAUGUACUGCAUAUCAGUGUUGAGGUGUGUGUGUGUGGGGGGAGAGGGGGGAGGGAGGGGGUUGAUUUGCUGAUGUAUGUGGAUAACAUAUAGAUCUAAGUGUUACUUCCUCAUUUGUGCCAAUGUUAUCCACAGACCCUGAGCUGUGAACUAGUCAAUGUGACAAAAAAAAAUGAAACCGAAAAACAUGUUAGCUCACUUUACUCGAGUGCCAGCCUUUCUCCAUAUCCACCGAUUGAAAAUCACACAUCUGAUAUUUGUACCCAACCUGUUGUUCGAUCAAACAGGUGAACUGUUCAUAUCUCGAGAUGGGUUUUUGAAUCCCAAAAUGUUAUUGAGUUGACUGUGCUCAUCAGACUUUAAGUUUCUCCCCAGAUGAGGUGAUACAGUGACGGACUGACAGUUUGUAUUUAAAGGAAUAGUUCAACUUUUGGGAACUGUUCACUUUCUGGCUGCUUGAUGAGAUCCAGGCCACUCACAUCCAUUGUGAGAACAUUGAUGAAUGUCACAUUCAAUUUUAAAUAGUAAAAAAAUAUAUAUAAUAAUAAUAGAAUCAGAAUUUGCCCAAUUGUAUGUAUGGCAACACUAACUACUAGCAGCAGCCUCGUCUUAGCUAUGAGCACUACUCUCUUGAUGGUUGCCUGGCAACUGGACCAUUUUGGGGUCAUUGCCCCUGUUUCUGUACGUAUUAAACAAACAGACAAAGCUCAAAGUGUCAUUAAUAUGUAAUAAAUUAAUCUGGAGCAUGUUUAUGUUGGUGCUUGAAAGAGCGAAUGUAGCUUUUUCAUUCAGCUUCCAGUCUCUCUGCUAAAAUGAGCUUGGCUAAGCUAAUUGGCAGCAUCUUUGACAGAAAGUCACCUCUCACCUCUGCCAGAAAGUGAAUGAGCCUUCUCCCAUUUAUGUUUGACUGUUUCUCUUAAGUCACCCUGUUUUUACUUUCAUAUUCCGUCAUUAACUGUGUGAACUUACAAAGAAAUAAUAAUACACCAUAGCCCUUACCAGGUGAAACAGGGCGAUCGUCGGUAUAUGGACAGUGAUUUUCAGCAAGCAGACAUUUUCCUCGCUGUGUUUAAUUUAGCAGUAUUAGCAGCCGGGACCUGGAGUAGUGAGUUAACACUUUGUGCCUGUGCAGUUCACUCAUCUAAGCAGUGCAGUAGAAUUCAUUCAUCAAAAGAGGUGCUUGGCUUCAUUUGUUUUCACAUUAGUGUUGUAUUUACCUGUAAGUCUCUGCCAGUUGGUUCCCAUCGCCACUCAACUGGUGCGGAGCUGUGGGAUCAGCUCGUCUGACGAUACAACACUUGAUGGAUUUAAAGUCUGGAUUUAAAAGUACCAAAACCUAAAUCUGUGACUUCACCGUAACUUCAAACUUGUGGCACUAGUAUUUUCAGCAAUGUCAGCCCGUCACCCACAGUGCCAACAUACGACUUUCAGAUGUUUAUGUUCUCAUUGCUGCACAGGUUCAGGCGGAAGACCAUUUGCAUGAACCUCAAAUUUAACAAUGGAUCUGGAAAAAAUGUUUUAAGUUUGAUCUUAUAAACAGUCAACGUAGGAGGGUAAAAAAAAUAAAUUCUUUUGACACAUCACUCGAAUUGGUUGCAUCACAUCACCACCACAGCACCGUCACAAAACAAUGCACUGCCCUUUGACUCUACAACCUACUGUUCUUACAUAUUUUUCUUGUGUUUAUUUAUUGUUUUAUGUUUUAAGCCAGUAAAGACCAGGGACUUGGUGCCAUGAUAAUUCUCUUACAGUGCUAUUGUGUGAAAUUAUAUCACUUGUUAUGGAAUAAUUUUUAUAGUCUUUUUCACACCAGACCUUUUUUUUGUAUUUGUACAGUGGCUUGGUUAUACUGAUAUGUUGCCAUGAGUUAUUGUAACCAAUAAAAAAAAGCUUUUAACCAAGA